AUGUCGGUGCAGGAGUACCUAGAGAAGCACCUGCUCCCGCGCAAGAUCGAGGAGGCCGUGAACGCGGCCGUCCGCGCCAAGGCCGCCGACCCGGUGCUCUUCAUCUCCACCCACAUGCGGCGGGCGGCGCCGGCCGUGAUCACGCGGGUGUGCGCGCGGCAGAUCCUGGACAGCCGCGGCGCCCCCGCGGUGGAGGUCGACCUGCACACCAACAAGGCCGUGCACCGCGCGUCCGCGGCAGGGCCGGGAGCCCCCGAGGGCGCCGCGGUCGACGCCACGAGGGACGUCGAGAAGCGGAGGCUCCUCGCCAAGGCGGUCGCCGACUCGGUGCGGCUGAUCAACGGCAAGGUGUCGGAGGCGCUCGUGGGGAUGGAUCCGCAGCAGCAGGCGCAGAUCGACCAGGCCAUCAUGGACUUGGACAAGGCGCACCACAGGACUGAGGUUGGAGCGAAUGCUAUGCUGGCCGUAUCAAUUGCAGCUUGUAAAGCUGGUGCUGCUGAGAAAGAGGUUCCGCUGUACAAGCAUAUAGCAGAUCUUGUUGGUAAAAGCGCAACGACGCUUCCCGUCCCAGCAAUUACAGUCAUUAAUGGUGGAACCCAUGCUGGAAAUAAUCUUCCCAUUCAAGAAAUUAAGAUCCUUCCAAUCGGUGCCAAAAACUUUGAAGAAGCAAUGCAGAUGGGUUCAGAGACAUAUCAUCAUCUGAAGGAUAUUAUAUGGGAGAAGUAUGGUUCAGACAGUUGCAACAUUGGCGAUGAUGGUGGAUUUGCUCCUAAUAUUUCCAGUAUAACCGAAGGCUUGGAUCUUGUCAUUGCGGCAAUAGAUAGAGCUGGAUAUAAUGGAAGGAUCAAAUUAGCAAUUGAUGCUGCUGCUACUGAUUUUUGUGUAGGAAAAAAAUAUGACCUGGAGUUCAAGUCUGCAAAGAAAUCAGGGCAAAAUUUCAAAACUGGGGACGAUAUGAUUGAGAUUUAUAGUCAACUAUGUUCAGAAUACCCACUUGUCUCCAUUGAACAGCCCUUCGACAAAGAUGACUGGGAGCACUCGAAAAAGUUUACCACCCUAGAGCUAUGUCAGGUUGUAGGAGACGACUUAUUGAUGUCAGAUCCUGAACGCAUUAAGCGGGCAGUAAAUGAAUAUACUUGCGACGCUCUUACUCUCAAGGCAAGUCAAGUGGGCACUGUCACUGAGGCCAUAGAGGCUGUGAAACAGGCAAAGGAUGCGCAUUGGGGUGUGAUGGUGUCACAUAGGUCUGGGGACACGGAUGAUUCUUUCAUCGCCGACCUGGCUGUCGGUGCAGCAGCUGGACAGAUCAAAGCUGGUGCCCCCUGCCGUGGAGAGUGCCUCACGAAAUACAAUCAGCUUCUAAGAAUAGAGGAAGAACUUGGAGGCGAAGGGGGUUACGCUGGCGAAAAUUGGAGAACUACCGCGGGCUGA